AUGGAGGAGUUAGCAAGGUUGUAUAUAAAGGAAAUAGUAAGGUUACAUGGUGUGCCGUCGAGUAUAGUGUCAGACCGUGAUCCCCAAUUCAAUUCAAGGUUUUGGGGAGCUUUCCAGAAGGCUUUCGGUAUGAAGCUAUGUCUCAGUACCGCAUAUCAUCCACAAACUGAUGGACAGUCGGAAAGGACUAUUCAGACAUUGGAAGAUAUGCUAAGAGCAUGUGUAUUGGAUCAACGCGGAAGUAGGGACCGUUACAUGCCAUUGAUGGAGUUUGCGUAUAACAAUAGCUUUCAUGCGAGCAUAGGGAUGGCUCCGUAUGAGGCCUUGUAUGGACGGAAGUGCCAAUAUCUACUCUGUUGGUAUGAAUCUGGUGAAGCAAGUGUUUUGGGUCCUGAUUUGAUAGCAGAGACUACUGAGAACAUUAAGAAGAACAUGUAUUUCUGCGGGUAUAUAAGACUGUUUGAGAUUCUAGAGCGAUUCGGGCUAGUGGCGUAUCAAGUUGCUUUGACACCUCAUCUGUCUAACUUGCAUGACGUAUUCCAUGUGUCACAACUCUAUAAGUACACGUCGGAUGAGGCUCAUGUGUUAGAGCUUGAGUCAGUCGAGUUGAGGGAGAACUUGACUUUCCGAGUAACGCCAUUGAAAAUUAAUGAUACUAGUGUGAAGAAGCUACGAGGAAAGGAAGUUUCAUUGGUUAAAGUUACUUGGGAGCGAGCAGGAGUUGAAGAGCACACUUGGGAAUUGAAGUCUGAGAUGCGAAAGGAUUACUCUGAGCUUUUCUCGGGUAAUUCAAAAUUUGAGGGCAAAAUUUCUUAUUUGGUGAGGAAAAUAUAA